AGUCAUUGUCAGGCAGCGAGUAAGAAAGAGUGAGAGAGUCGCACCCCGGCAGACUGACGGGAGAGCGCGUGUGUGCAAACUGGGAUGAGUAAAUGUACUGGGCGGCUUAGCUGUUGAUACAGCCUGAGAGAGAAAAGAGAGAGAGAGAGUGAGCGAGAGAGUGUGUGUGCGCGCGAAAGCGAGCGAGAGCAAGAGAGAGGGAGAGGGAGAGGGUGAGAGAGAAGUGAAAGGGAGAAAAAAGGGAAGAAAAGAAGCAGAGAAGAAAAAGGGAGGAUACUACAACUAUGCUGUGCUGCAUAAGAAGAACCAAACCGGUGGAGAAGAAUGAGGAGGCGGACCAGAAGAUUGAGCAGGAUGGCACCACCAACAAACCCGAGGACAAGGCCCACAAGGCUGCCACCAAAAUACAGGCCAGCUUCCGUGGACAUAUAACUCGGAAAAAGAUGAAAGACGGAGAGGAGGAGAAAGAGGGUGACAGUCCUGCUGCUGCAGAGGAGGCAACAGAGGGAGGAGAGGAGGCAAAGAAAGCGGAGGGAGAGGAGGCACCUGCUAAGCAGGAUGAAGCCGCAGGAGAAGAGGCUAAGAAGGAGGAAGAGGAGACAAACCAAGCCAAAAGCCCAGUGGCAGACAAGCCAGCUAACUCUCCGGCAGCUGCUGCCACAGCGACGUCUCCCGUAGCGGCCGCCCCGGCUGCUGCGUCUCCCACGGCUGCCGCGGCGCCCUCUGAACCCAAGAAAGAGGAGCCAAAAGCGGAGGAGAAAGCUGAGGAGAAGCCCAAAGAGGUGGAGGCCCCAGCCAAGAGUCCCACAGCUGAAGAGAAGGAGGAGGAGAAGAGCGAAGAGAAAAAGGAGGAGGCCAGACAAGCCGACGUGCCUGCUGCUGUCAGUCCGACAGCUGAGAAGGAGGAGCCUAACCAAACAAAAGGUAAACGAGAUGCUGCAGAGGAGUCUAAAGGAGAGGAGGCCACCCCGGCAGAUGCAGAGGCGGAGGCCACCGAGUCCAAGGAUGCUUAAGGCUAAAGUCUAACUUAAUGAAAGCAGAAUUAAAAGUAUGAAGAAUACCACAAAAACGAAAAAUCUAAAAAGGUUGCUCUUUGCCUUCUCAAUGUGAAGGCAGUCCGUUUCUAUUUGUUUGUCAUUUUUUGUGUGGCAAUGAUUUUCUCAUGUUGGGGGAGUUUCCAGCGUGAAGUUUUUUGGCUCAAGCUAACACUGUACUAUGCGCAAGUGAUGACGAUGCUGACGACGACGGUGAUGAUGAUGUUGAUGUUGCUGAUGUUUAUGAAAAGCGAUUGUUACCGUGAUGGUGAUGAUGUCGAGGUGGAUGAUUUCAUUUGGUACAUCUUCACUAUUUGAUGUAAAACCGGGGGCGGAAUGAACGCUCCCAACUGGAUAUUUACACAUUUAAAAUUUCAAAAAAAGAAUGCAUUGCCAAUGCGCCGUACUGUAUUUGCAUUGUAAUGCACUUUCUUUAGACACAUUUUGCAAAUGAAAUCCGUAUUGCAAAUGCACGCACAAAAAGACAACCAGGUUUAUAAAUGCAACUCAUGUUUUCAACACGAUCCAAGUGUACUGAGAACACAACAAAGAGGUAAUGUACUGACACACUGAAUGGAUAAUAGAAUGUAUGAUUAAAUGUGUGACAUUUCCAGUUGGGGCAGCUUUAUCCUGAAUCCCAAAACAAUAUUUACUCAACUUUCUCUACUCUGCUUGAGUCAUUCAAGCUUGGUUUACACCCCUUUUACAAACUCUGUUUACUCACAGUUACAGUAAAUAAAGGACCUGUUACCAUUUAAAUAAUGUGAUCAUAUAAUAAAACUCUAGAAAUCAACUAUAUUAUUGAUGUAACUGGCUCUUACAUAUUACAAUUUGUGCUCUGCCAACCAAACGUGAGACCAUAGCAUGAACCAUUGAACCAGAUGCAUGAUGGGAACUCUCCCUCUGAGAGGAACUUUUUCGCAGUCACAGAAAACUUAAGAGGUGUGGCGGCUUCUUUUUUGAUGUCUUUGGUGUUGUUAUGACAGUUUAUAUGAAUUGGAAAAAUACUCUUGCACUGAUGUUACAAAAAAAAAGGUAAAGAGAAAAAUCAAACAAAUGAGCAAACAACAACAACAACGAAAAAAUUUCCUAUGUUCCAGUGAGUGCAAUGUCCAGUUUCAAUCUUAUCAAGGAGUUCAAACUUGUGAGAAAAAAAAUAUGAAAAAAAUAAAAAAUGGUUUCAAUGUCUGUUUUCAAAAUAAAGCAAAUGUGCCAAUUACCAUCAUAA